CGAUUUAAGUUUUGUUUUAUCUUGACGCUUGUCGUUUAAAUAGCUAUGACUGGCCGACAUUCGACUGUAUCUAUCCUACAUCUGUCACACGGGACUUUUGUUGGUCUGUCACACUGGUCAUGUGAUCUUGGUGUACAACAACUCGACGGCGGCCCGAGGGUGGAGUUCUCGUGGGACUGUGGGUACCUGGAGUUCUAUGACGACAGAAAAUUUUCUAGAGUCAGGAAAACGUGUUCGACAAUGGCUUAUCUUGAAUGGGGAAUAAUUCGUUGCUAAGCGUUGUCUCCCUCGCUUCGUCAUGGCAACCACCUCGCACAGAAAAAUAUCUGCAGCCGACGACUACGAAAACACUGGACAGCCGCCCACAACAGCCGCCUCCGUCCACCACAGCAUCAAGGACGACGACUACACGUCGUCAACAGAAAGCCUGAUCAAGAAUCACAACACAGGAAUAUCACAUCACCAAAAGGGACACGACUCCAGCGAGUUUACACCAAAGGGUUCCAUUGAGUUACUUCCCUUUAUCUUACUAAACAUUUAUUCGCUGUUUGUCAGCGCCGCCUACCGUAUUUUCUCACCGUUGAUAGAACAGUACAUCUACCAGCGGUACUCGACAGCUUUACUGGGCAAUGCUAGCGAGCAGACUUCAAGCCAGCCGUGUGUCAACCAGACGUCAGGGAACUCUACAGCUGACCAGUUGACUCAGGCCAUCCAGGAUAUGUCGUCAGAGCUGAUGCUGAACCUGUCCUUGAUCUCCGCCUGUCUGGGCAUCAUGGGAUGUCUGCUGAUUGGCGCCAUCUCGACCCUGGUCAGUCGGAACUUCCUGCUGGCACUGCCCACUUUCUGCUGCAUGGUCAAGAACGCCCUGCUGCCGGUCAUCGUGUUCUGGAACCUGGACCUCAAGUUCUUGUACGUGGGAUACGCCGUGGAGGGACUUGGCGGGAAUAUAGCUGGAUGUUUCAUAGUGACCCAUCUGUACCUGUCUGACCUGACACCACGUGACCACCGACGGACCGUCUGGCUGUCUUUCCUGGAAGGUGCCAAAGGUGUCGUGUCUGGCAUUCUGUACUACGCCACUGGUCAGCUGAUUGUGUCCACAGGGUACCUGAUUCCAUCACUCAUGUCAGCCGGCUUCAUGGCAAUUAGCCUCAUUCUGUCAUUUUGCCUCCCCGACCGUCGCCCAAGCCUCACCCACGGGAGGGAGGGCUGGUCCAUGAGAACGUAUUUGAAAAAUGUGACGUCGCCUUUCCACAAAACUCUGGAACGGAGGGUCAAACAGAUGGUGGGGCUGGCGCUCUUUUCUUUCUUUGUAUAUAUCGGCGCCUUGGUGGGCAUUUCGAAGGUAAAAAGCCUGUACCUGAUGAACAACCCGUUCUGCUGGGAUGCCGUCAAGAUUGGUUGGUUCCAGACUGGACAGGAGAUUGCCUACAGCUUGUUUGUCAUCCUGGCGGUGCCUCUGCUGAUCGGGCGCCUCCCCGGGAUGGUGCUGGGGGUGCUAGGCACCCUCUCGGCCGUCGGCUCCUCCGUCAUGUUUGCCCUGGCCUCAAACGACGCGGAGAUUUACUCGAUUAUACUCCUGUCCAUCGGCCAGACCCUACCUGUUGGAAUCAUCAGAGGGGAGACUUCGCGGCUCAUCGGAGCUGAGCCGCAAGGGUCGCUGUUCGCCCUAAUGGGCGUGUGUGAGAGUAUCAGCUUUGCAGUGGGCGCCCCGGCCUUAUCGCUGUACAGGGCGUCGCUGGGGGUGUAUCGGGGCCUGACGUACCUGGUCAUUGCUGGCUUCUUCGUUGUGGUCACCGUGACCCUCAGUAUCUACCACGUGAUAUGGCGAGCCCAUACUAAUGCUGUCACAUCGAAGGAAAUGGUUGUCAAAACAUACGGGAGCGUGAACUGAUGCUAUUUUUAGAACAGCGUGGUCACGUGCAGCUACGCAU